UUCAUUCAAUCGCGCAACACUUCUUAUUUACUAGAGCACUUUUAUAUUACAUGUGUUUAAAACUAGGUCUCUGCAUUAUGACGACGCGCUGCAAUAAUCCUCACGAAUAAUAACUAUGCGAGUGGGCGAAUCAACGCAAUUAAUUUGAAAACCAUAACUUCUGGUUUUCACUCUCGCGCGGUAUUUUUCGAGCGAAAAAGCUUUUAUUACAUCAAAUCGGGAAGCAAGAAACUUAUUUUGAACCAGUUUACGGAGCGGCCCAUUUAUUGCUGCGCGUAAAUUGUAACAAUGGAUCGAGGAAAGUCGUGACCACAACACAGUCAAUCGGAGAGCAACACGGUUAUGCAAUUUUUGCAGCAACUCUCAAAGUUUAUUGAUCUCACCGAGUAAUUUGCUUUGCAGCUCCUGAGAAUUCACAUGCUACCCGAUUUCAAGGAUUCAAAUCACGGGAUGAGAGGACAGAAAUCUGUCCUGCGAGAGACGACUUCCUGUGAUCUUGGAUUCGACAUGCUUUCGGGCAGUGGCGCAAAUCAAGGAUUUUAUUUUUUACUAGAACUAAGUUAGUGGUUGUUUUCUAGUGCUAUUUUUGGGUCAGACAACGAUUGCUUCCAUUCUCAUUCAAUUGCUGCAAUGAAAUUCAAGGCAAUGCCAUUAUUUUUCAGCUGCUAAGAGGAAUGUGCUCUCUGACAUUUCGCUUCAUUGAAUGUAUAGCGGCGCGAGAGAACAAUGAGCAGAUUGAGCAAACUGACAUGGGUGGAUCAGAGGUGCAAAUUGUCGAACAUCUGAUAAGCCGCCAAUUGCACUGCCAAAACACUACAAUACAGCAGUGACAAAAAUUAUGCAAUUUUUUAUUGAAAGAUUAUUUUAAUCCAAGGUUGAUAUAAUUACGCGGUUUAAAGUUGUUCAUUGAAAUUUUGAAAUCCUGACGAGUGAACAACAUGAAUAGCGUGUUGCAUGAUCGAAACACUAAACUUUCAGAGUCUAAUUAAAUUAUAAUAAAAAUGUUCGCGAAAUGUUUAAUCAUAUUCGUAAUUCUUAAAUUGACCUUAACAUUUUUUGCCCGAAAGUCUUGUCCUACACUACUCUAAAAGCGCUCAUCUUCUUAAUUAUUAUGUCAAAUCAAUACUCUGCAAAAUAGAACGUUACUUUCACGCGGCGGUCAGCGAACGUCAUCGAAUCCUGUGGGUGCUGGAGCUGCUCUUUGAUUCGGCCGGUGCGAUAAUGCAGAAGGUCUCGUGCAUCCAAUAGUAGUUGUUGCAACAACAAAUGCUCCUUUGAACGAAGGAGAGAUGCUUUGCUAUAUGGUUUCAUCGCGUGCAACGGACGAAAAUAGUGGGAGGUAUGAGCACAACUCAAUCUGCGUGCCCUGGCUGCUCUUCUCAUUGUAUUGCAUCUUCGCGGUGGGUGCAUCAGCAAGAAGUGGACCUCUCUGCUCGCGGACUAGGCUUAUUUCGGUCACUUGGCGAACACUCAAAGGAUUUCAAACUUGUUCAAGAUGAGCAGAUACAAGGUUUUGUUUGCGUCGCUAUUGCUACUGCACUUCUUUCAUUUUGGAUCGACUGUCGACUUCAGGGGCCUGGCUCCCACGAGCAACAGUAAGGUUAUAGGAGAAUACAUGUAUCGGCAUGCGACGGACGAUUGGGAAAGAAGCGGCAACAUCGCCGACAAGUGGGAGGAGCGCAAGAACGGGGUGGUUCGCGGCCAGUACGCCCUGCUGCAGCCGGACGGCCAAAUCCGCACGGUCGACUACGUUGUGCACGAGCCAGGGAAGGGCAAGGGUGGUUUCAAGGUGGUCGUGCGCUACUGGCCUGGACCGCAGCUGCUCAUGAGCUCGAUGACCCUCAGCGAGACGCUCGUUAAUCACCCCCAGCCUGCGAUCAACAACUUUGCACUUUAUGGGAAAGCGAUUGACGAUGAUCAGUCUGAAAGGUUGCGGCGAUCAUUGAAAAUGUUUGCGCCACUAAGAUCGGAAAUGGAAGAGUUCAAGCGUUUCACCAGCACGCCCCACGAAGAAGACGUUGCUCAUGUCAAGUCGAGGAAAAACGCAAGAGUGGCCAUCAUCAGAUAAUAUACAUUAGAUUCUAGCUUUUGAUAAUUUAAAAAAAAAUCAAAUCUCCUGGUCCAACUGCUUAAACAAUGCCUUUUUGCAUAGAUUUUAUUAUUUUGCAUUUAUAGAAAACUUUGAAACGCUUAUUUUUUGUAACAUAUAUGAAAAUCGAAUAGAGUAUUUUGAACCAGAAACUGUUUAUCUUAAAAAAUAUUUUACAAUUUUCAAAGCAAGCAUAUGAGAACUAAUCUGAGAUUGGUCUCUCAGGAGAUUCGCAAUUUAAUAAUUACCACUAUUGUUAUCAGUUAAGCUGUGAGUAUUUCUGAUCGUUUGUUGACACGACAAAUAUUUAUUGAAGCAUUUUAAAGUGUGUCCGUCCAUGUAUAUUAUGUGGUAAAUUUGCAUAGAUGUAAACUGAAGUUUCAUUAAAUAACAUAUUACUGAAUCUCUA